AUGUGCUUCAGCGGGUAUUUUCUCCGGCUGUAUGCUUGUUAUCAUUGGGCUGGUGCCGCUCCGCAAGCGUCCCAUGUUCCAGGGCUUAUUCGGGGCAGUGUUUGGGAUUGCAUCCGUGAUGGGCCCUCUGAUGGGCGGGGGAUUUACCGGCAGCGUGUCGUGGAGGUUGGUUUCCUGAAUGCAUUAAUAACCGGUCACCGAAAAUGUCGCGUCGUACUGACCAAACACAAUUCUAGGUGGUGCUUCUACCUUAAUAUCCCCAUCGGAGUUUUUAGUCUUGUACUCAUAGCCAUAAUCUGGCAUCCCCCAAAGCCGAAGUACGAGCCGGCUCCCAUCCUGACCCAGGUCAAGCGUCUGGACCCUUUUGGCACCCUAUUCUUCCUUCCCUCUAUUACAUGUCUUCUCCUGGCUCUCCAGUGGGGCGGAUCGACAUACUCCUGGAAAGACGGCCGAGUUGUUGGGCUCCUGGCCACGUUUGGGGCUUUUAUCUUAGGAUUCGGCGGGACUCAGGUCCUGAUGCCGGAGACGGCCGCCAUUCCGGUGCGAGUCAUCCGGCGCAUCAGCAUCCUCUGCGCAUCCCUCUUCACCUUCUGCGCUUCAAGUGCGAUGACUAUGAUCCUCUACUAUCUUCCAAUCUGGUUUCAAACCGUCGAGCAGGUUAGCUCGAUUGAGUCGGGUAUUUACACGCUGCCACUGGUGCUGAGCUUGGUCGUCGCCAGCUUUGCAUCUGGCUUCGUCACUCAGAAGACCGGAUACUAUGUGCCGGUCAUGUAUAUCUCGCCCUGCCUUUUGUCCAUCGGACUAGGCCUGAUGUCCGCGUUGAGACUUGACACCGGCUCCUCACACUGGAUUGGGUAUCAAUUUCUUUGUGGCUUUGGAUUGGGACUCGGGAUGCAGAGCUCUGGUCUUGCUGUGCAGAGGAUCCUUCCCUCGCCCGAUAUUCCCAUCGGGAUUGCCCUCAUCUUUCUUUAUCAGCAGCUUGGCGGAUGUAUUUUCGCCACGGUCGGCCAGAAUAUUCUUAGCAAUCAUCUUGUCUCUGAGCUUAGCGGGGUCCCCGGUGUGAACACGAGCCAAAUCGCUCACGAGGGCGCAACAAACCUCGCAUUGAUGGUGUCGCCAGAUGAUAAGCCCGUCGUGAUGCAAGUGUACAAUUCGGCUGCCACGAGAGUCUUCCUGAUUGCCUUGGGUUUGGCUCUGGCCGCAUUUCUGAGCUCACUCGGCAUGGAGUGGAAGAGCAUUAAGAGAGAAGGGAAUAAGCAGGACCAAGGAGCUAGAUAG